UCGCAGCAAAGUUGACAGGACAAAGACCACACACGCUCCCUCUGGAACCACCCAGGGAGGGGGCAGGGCCAGGCUAGGCUGCCCAUGCUCCCUCCACAACUCCUGCAAGCUCCUCCCUGUGGAAGCAGAAAGGGAUGGAGGAUCCAGUCAAUCACUGACACAGAAAGAAAAGCAUUUUAAAAGGAGUUUGUUUUGAGGGGGAGGAACCCAAGGAGACACGGGGAGCAGAGCUCCCUGCCUUUGACUUCAAUUAAUGAGGAGUGAGGGGAGUAAACAGAGGAGGAAAAAAGGGUGUGUGUCCCAAUUCGGAGACGCCAUGGGAAGUAGGGCAUGCCCUGGUGAGGAAGGGCGGGUUGGGGGGGGAAGCAUUGUGGUGCCGUUUCUCCACCCCUCGCCUUAAAGCAGCAGCAGGAGGAGAGGGAGACGCAGUUGGGCAGAGAAGGAGGAAGAGCGGCGCGCGUGAGGAGUAAGAGGAGGCGAGCAGUGAUCUACAUGUACGGCGGGGGGAAAAUGGAGCUCUGAAAUCGCCUUUGCCCUGAUCCGUCUCUGCCUUUCCCGCCUCCUCUCCUCCUCCUCUUCUUCUCCUUCUCGGUAUUUUCCUCUCCUUGUGAUUGCUCUGCGAGAUUUUCACAAUGCUUGUCCGUCCAGCCGACCGAGUGUUAAUCCUGCUUGUAGCUGCAUCCCAUGAAACCGGCCUGUGUGACUGAAACCAGCCAGCUAACACAAAUCAGAUGACUGGGCCACACUGCGAGGUCAGCUGCCGGUUUUUGGCCAACGCUUCCAUUCUGGAUGGAUGUUGGAGACUAUUAGCGGUUCAAAGAGAGCCUGUGUCACUGUGGGAACCACGCCGCCGUCCUCGCAGGGGCCGCCAUCCGCAAAAACCCCUCUGGGAGUCUCAGUCUGCACGUUUAUUUAUCUGGGAAUCUCAUUUGAUGCCGAGGCUGAAGGAGUCUCGCUCCCAUGAAUCACUGCUCAGCCCCAGCAGCGCUGUGGAAGCUCUCGACUUAAGCAUGGAGGACGAGGUCAUCAUCAAGCCCGUUCACAGCAGCAUCCUCGGGCAGGACUACUGCUUUGAGGUCACCACCUCCACAGGAAGCAAAUGCUUUUCCUGCCGCUCAGCAGCCGAGAGAGACAAAUGGAUGGAGAAUCUGAGGAGGGCGGUUCAGCCAAACAAGGACAACAGUCGCCGGGUGGAGAACAUCCUGAGGCUGUGGAUCAUCGAAGCGAAGGACCUGCCGGCCAAAAAGAAAUACUUCUGUGAGCUUUGCCUGGACGAGUCUCUGUACGCCCGCACCACCUGCAAGCUCAAGACGGACAAUGUCUUCUGGGGGGAGCACUUUGAAUUCAGCAACCUGCCGGCAGUCAGGAGCAUCACCGCGCACCUUUACAAGGACACGGACAAGAAGAAAAAGAAAGACAAAAACAAUUACAUUGGACUUGUGAACAUCUCCGUCGCAGCAGUCAGCGGGCGACAGUUCAUGGAGAAGUGGUAUCCAGUCAGCACCCCUAACCCUCCGAAGGGUAAAACCUCAGGGCCCAUGAUUCGGAUCAAGGCGCGCUACCAGAGUAUGAGCAUCCUUCCCAUGGAGAUGUACAAGGAGUUUGCAGAGUACAUCACCAACAACUACAUGCUGCUGUGCUCGGUGCUGGAGCCGGCGAUCAGCGUCAAGAGCAAGGAGGAGAUGGCGUGUGCGCUGGUGCACAUUCUGCAGAGCACCGGAAAGGCCAAGGAUUUCCUCACAGAUUUAAUGAUGUCCGAGGUGGACCGCUGUGGGGAGAACGAGCACCUCAUCUUCAGAGAAAACACGCUGGCCACAAAGGCCAUCGAGGAAUACCUCAAGCUGGUGGGACAGAAGUACCUUCAGGACACCCUCGGUGAGUUCAUUAAAGCUCUGUACGAGUCGGAUGAGAACUGUGAGGUGGAUCCUUCCAAGUGUUCCUCCAGUGACCUGCCGGAUCAUCAGAGCAACCUGAAGAUGUGCUGCGAGCUGGCCUUCUGCAAAAUCAUCAAGUCCUACUGCUUUUUUCCCCGUGAAUUAAAGGAGGUUUUUGCGUCAUGGCGGCAGGAAUGUAGCAGCCGCGGUCGGCCGGACAUCAGCGAGCGUCUGAUCAGCGCCUCCUUGUUCCUGCGCUUCCUCUGUCCGGCCAUCAUGUCGCCCUCGCUCUUUAACUUGACGCAGGAGUACCCUGACGACCGCACCGCUCGGACACUCACGCUCAUCGCCAAAGUCACGCAGAACUUGGCCAACUUCACAAACUUUGGCAACAAGGAGGAGUACAUGUCCUUCAUGAACCAGUUCCUGGAGCACGAGUGGAGUGACAUGCAGCGCUUCCUGCUGGAAAUCUCAAACCCAGAGACAAUCUCCAACACGGCGGGUUUCGAGGGCUACAUCGAUCUGGGCAGGGAGCUCUCCACGCUGCACUCGCUCCUCUCUGAGGUGGUCUCUCAGAUGGACCAGAGCGUGGCUUCCAAGCUCAGCCCUCUACCCAGGGUCCUGCGGGAGGUGAACAACGCUCUGUCCAACCCGUCCUGCGUUCAGAUGACGCCCGGACAGUCUUUAGAGCAGGGGAACUCCCCUCCGGCUGAGGCGGGCUGCAGCAUCUCCUCGGGUCUGCAGAAGAUGGUGAUCGACAGCGACCUUUCAGGAUUGGUUGACUUCACCAGACUACCCUCCCCCACCCCUGAAAAUAAGGACCUUUUCUUUGUGACAAAGAGCUCAGGGAUCCAACCUUCUCCAGCUCGCAGUUCCAGUUACUCUGAGACUAAUGAACCUGACCAGGGCAUGGCCAAUGGCAGCAAGAGUCUGUCCAUGCUGGACCUCCAGGACCCCCGCAGUCUGGAUGUUGGCACGGCUCCGAGCCCCUCAGACGGUCUGGGCGAAGCUUUACCCUCUGGCAGUUGCUGGGCAGCCAAAGGCCCUCAGGGAAACACCCCUGGAGGUCCCACGUUGAGGAGACCGGGCCAGACCACCACCACGCCAGGCGCAGAGGCCACUCCAGGCCGACCCGCUCAGCUUCUAGCGCCGCUGUCCUUCCAGAACCCGGUUUACCAGAUGGCAGCCUGCCUGCCCGUGUCCCCCCGUGGAAUGACGGAUUCAGGCUCCGAGUGCCACAGUUCUGUCAGUUCUCACAGCAACAACGAAGACGGGCCGCCAGGAGGCAAGCAAGCCUUCUUGAACCCCGCCGGAGGAGGCGGAGGGAGCAGCGGCGAUGAGUACGCCAGGCGCCCAGGUGAGGGAAACCGCCGGCAGCUGUCACUCACGGAGACACCGCACCAGCCCGGCGUCCCCAGACAGAACAGCGCCGGCCCCCAGCGGAGGAUAGACCAGCCCCCGCCUCAGAUCCUCAACCGAGGCCGCACGCCCCCAAACCUGCUCGGCGGCGGGCCCUACCCCCGGCCCUCAUCCGGCAGCAUGAUGGCAUCGUCUCCCGACUGGCCCACCGGCGGCGCCCGCUUGCGACAGCAGUCCUCGUCGUCUAAGGGCGACAGUCCCGAGACGAAGCAGAGAGUCCAGCACAAACAGGCCCCCUCCCCAGUGAACCCCAGUGCGCUGGACCGCACAGCAGCCUGGCUUUUGAAUAUGAAUGCACAGUAUUUAGACCACGAGGGGCUGGAGACCGAGUCACUGAGAAACAGAGAGGAUCUGACUCAGGUGGAGAAGAAACUUCAGUCUCAUCCAGUUCAGUCAUGGAAGCCCCUGAGCCUCCAGUUAUCCAACCAUGAUCUGUAUCAGCAGGAGAUCGCAGUGCUGCAGGAGAAGCUGCGAGCGUCCGUGCAGAAGCUGGAGGAGUAUGAGGCCCGCCUGAAGGGGCAGGACGAGCAGGCUCAGAAGGUGCUGAUGGAGUACCAGGCCAGGCUGGAGGAGUCGGAGGAGCGCCUGCGCAGGCAGCAGGACGACAAAGACCUCCAGAUGAAGAGCAUCAUCAGCAGGUUGAUGUCUGUUGAAGAGGAGCUGAAGAAGGAUCACUCGGAUAUGCAGGCUGUGGUGGACUCCAAACAGAAGAUCAUUGACGCACAGGAGAAGCGCAUCGCAUCCCUUGAUGCGGCCAACGCCCGCCUCAUGGGCGCCCUCGCCCAGCUGAAGGAGCGCUACAGCAUGCAGACCCGCAACGGCAUCUCCCCCACCAACCCCACCAAACUGCAGAUAACUGAAAACGGAGAGUUCAGAAACAGCAGCAACUGCUAGACGGACCGGCGCCUGCCCCGACCGAGGGCCUGAGUGUUGUACAGCAUGCGUCCUCGCCUGGCUUGGAGAACGCUUGAGGUUGUGAGGUUGUGUUUGCGCUCUUUUAGGAGACUGUGUGGAAGGGACCACGUCACUUUAGGGGCCGACUCCAGCGUUGCAAACAGAUCACCAGACGGCCUUUUUGUCUGGAGGGGGAUAGGACAGAGGAGGCUUUGUACAUAAAACACUCAAGGAGCAUCCUGGCACGGCUCGACAACCCCACCCCAACCUGGGGACGAACCACUAACUAACCCCUCAAGGUGACGACCGCCAGUCCUCUCCCUCCCAACAGAACAGGUGACCCGUUCCAACGCAACAGUGUGGACUUUCUUUAGUUGACUGAAGAACUUUGUGAUGCUUUUCGUUGAAGUUGAGAAAGAACCAAAUCUGAACUGACAUAGAUAUUUUCAGUAUAAACUAUAACAUGUAGGUGUGUUCCUGAGCAUCCCUCCCACCCUGUAAACCCCGCCCCCUUUCCCCUUGUAUAGUGCACUUUGUGAAAAUCUAUUGGUACAUGAAAGGCCUUAAGGAAGAAACACACCUCGACUUUAUUCCCAAUUACUGCAAAAAACAUUCAAAAAAAGGCACAACUUCUACUGUGGAUCUGUAAAGAAUACCUAAAUCCUAAAUAUAUCAUAGAUACUAAAGUAAAUAAAUUCUAUGGGAUAUAAUAUUAAUGAAAUCUAAUAUAGAUGCAGUUUCUUCUAUGGAGUAUACAGACAUACUAUAUUUGAUAAAUAUGAAAGCAGAUCUUUAUUUAAAAAUGUUAGCUUCUUCUCGGUCGUUUCUUUAACACCAAAGUUUUGGCUCCAGUGUUGACAUUCUUUCAGCUAGAGUAACUCUUCAACCGUUUACGCAAUGUAAUGUAAUUCCAGCAGAUUCUGAAGCGGAGGAAGGCUUUGCGCCGAUAUGCAAUUUUUAUUUUAGCAGUCGAGUUUUUACGCAGUCAACGUAAAUCAGCUCAGUCUCUCAUGCAGCUUUAUGUUCAUAAAGUGUCGCACAUAAAAAGCUGCUUUGCUCCGCGACAGAAUCAGGUGAUUCGCAUAAACACUGGAAGAGGUACGGUACGUCAACGACAGCUCCAGUGUCAGAAACUCAAAGUGCUGACAAACAAAGACGACGGCGAGCGGUGAUCAGCACCUCAUCCUUUAGAUAUCUGCCAUGCUCAGACCUUUAUGUGAUGUAUGCAACAACAACAACAAAAAAAGAAUAUUUAAUGGAAAAGUUUGCUUUCAAACAACUGCUUUGUGCUUUCACUGCUAUGACAGAUUACUGUUAAUCGUACCGCUGGUCUUCUUUCGGUGCACGGGACUGGUGAGCCUCUGCCUCACACAGUUUGUUUUUUGUUUUUUUUAAACUCAAACUCCUUUACUUGUCAGAAGUAACUGUGUAUCUGCAUCCAACCUGUGAUUAUUAUUCGUCCUUUGCGUUGUCAUACACCUCCUUUAGAUCUUCUGAACAUGGCUCUUACUAUUGGUUCCCUUACCCUCCUCUCUUUGCUCACCACCACCUAUUAUUUAUGUGUGUGUGUGUGUGUGUGUGUAUAUAUACACACACACACACACACACAUAUAUGAGGUGUGAGGCUCUGCAUGCUUCAUUCUUGCUUGAGAGCCAGCAGUAGCAUCAAUAUCACAGUUUUUUUUUGUUUUUUGUUUUACUUGCCAGUGUAACAGUGGUGGUCAAUAGCUGCCUGCAAACAAAUAUAUACCUGCUACCUGAAUGCAUCAAGAGGCAGGAUGGCCUGAGAAAGUGUAAAUACUCAAUGAUCACACUAUUUUUACCUAAUAUUACCAGAGCUUUUUGUAAAUGUAUGUGUGCAAAAACUUUGCUGUAUCAUUUAUGGAAAUUGUACAUAGAAAAAUAGCCCAGUCAGUGAUCUGUCCUUGUUGGGUGGAAUUAUACAUUUCAAUCAACUCUUCCAUGUGUUCUCAGUUGAAGCUCUUGUUUUUGUAUUUACAGUGCAUUAUUACUUGUGCAAAAAAAAAAAAAAAAAAAAAAAAAAAAAACACACAAAAAGAUAGAGAUCUUGAGAUGGAUACCUCUGAGGUUUUUGGCCAAGCAGAGUCCAAAAUGGAUCUACAAGCACAAUCUUCUAGUUCUCCCUAGUCUAGCUCUAUGCAUUUUUUAGUUGUAUUCGGCACACCUGUACAAUUGAAAGUGAUCCUUUACAUUGUUUAAGCCUUCAUUCUCAUUCCUCAUGCAAUAGUAGUACUAGUACCACUACACAAUGAAGACAAAUCUCAAUAACACAAAAAUAAUUGAUGAGUCAACCUGAAAAUAAUUUCAGUUUAAAGUAGCCCUGCCCCUUAAGCUGCUUUUUAAAUGUAUUUUUAUGACACCUCUGUGUAUAACACCACCACAACACUAGGUGGCAGUGCAGGUUCUUUUGCAACAUUUAUAGCGGUAAAGAAACAACAUCCAAACUCUCUACCAAAAAAACAGACACUUAUUUUCCUACCUUUUUUCCAGAAAUUUCGAAGAUUAACAGUAGAUAUUACAAAUUGAACCCUAAAAUGUUUGGAAUAUUUAAACAUUUGAGUCUUCAACUUAAAAAAUUAAUUCAGAAACGGUUUUGAAACCAUUAUAAAAGGCUUGUAAUUUCAGUUUAGGCCAAACUGUUCUACUAAACAACAAAAACUGAUCUCAAUUGCCAAAUAUGCAAUACUUUUCUCAAAUUAUUUGGUGUUACAACUUUUUCCUAUAAAAAAGUGGAAAUUUGACAACAGGCAUAACAAUUUUUAAAGUUAACAAAUAAUGGCAGUGGAAUUGUUACACUAGAAAACCUGAGGAAAAAAUUCAGAUUUUUUUUUAACUAGCAGGCUAGUUAAACAUUUAAACAGGAACAGAUAAGCUAGGAAAAAAAUGUAUGUGUAUGCUUCAAAAACAAGUGUUUCUUGUUUAAUAUUUACACAGCAUCAUUCAAAGAAUAAGUUCUCUAAAACGAGAAAUUGACAGUUCCACUAUACAUUGUUAGAAACUUGCUUGAAUGUUACAAAAAAAA